AUGAGAGGAUUCGAUAUGGAAAAAUUCAACUUUGUUAGAGAUGGAAUGAUCAGAUUGCCUCCUGGUUUUCGUUUCCAGCCAACUGAUGAAGAGCUUGUCUUUCAGUACCUUCAACGCAAAAUCCUUUCAUCUCCAUUGCCUGCUUCAGUCAUUCCUGAGGUCAAUGUCUGCAAGUAUGAUCCCUGGGAAUUGCCAGAAAUCUUCGCAUCAAUUGGACAAAUGGGUUACGAGAUUGUUUUUGAUUCAUUUUCAUCUUCUUCAUCUUCGUAUUCGAGCUCUAGCAGUAUCCCUGAGAUCUCUUCAAAUGAAGAAGAUCAUGAGCAAAGCAGUAGCCGCAAUUUCUUCUGA